AUGAGCGUCUCUGUGACACGCACAUUUCACAAGAAAAAUGAGGGCAACAGGGGGUUCAAACAGCAGAGGUUAUAUGAUUAUUUAUACGACCCAGUGUAUACAUUGUCAGCUGAGGUGGAUCACGCCAGGGAAAACCUCAGAGCGCAUGCGUCAGUGGAUCGAGUGCGGAGGGUCCCAGAGUUUAACUCCAUGUUUAGUAAUCUGCCACACCACCCACGAUAUACCUUACGCCUUGAAGUCACUGAUCCUGUGCCUGCAUACAUUGAUCGACGUUGGCGGGGCUACGAUGAGCAGAGGAAGCAGGCCCUUCAGCAGUUGACUGGAGUUAUGUCAGGGGUUCACAUACAUAGACCAAACCCUGAUGACGUGACAGGAGUGGACCGCUGGAAGUUUUUCAAACGACCACUCAUUCCUUUUGCUCAGCAGAUUCCUCCUGAUGUUGUAUUUGCUUUGCCAAAAUCUAACCUCUUAUCUGCUCCGGAUGGAGACGAAAAAUGCACCCACACUCCCUUCCAGCGCAGCGUGGGAAUUCAGACUGACUACCGGGAGAGUGAGACACAGACCGACCCCUAUACUCCAAACUAUGUGGUUCGUCCUGGGACAGCCCCCCCUGAGCUGCUCACACUGGCCACACUCACAUGGGGCCAUGGACUGCCUGCAGGACUGGCAGAAGUGGAGAUGAUCGAGAGAGCGAGAAUGAAGAGAGCAUGGGAGGCAACUCUGCCCCCGCUAGACGACCUCACUCAGCUAGAUAAGAGGAGGAGGAUGAUGGAGGAGAUGGAAAGGAAGGAGUGGGCCUUCAGAGAGGAGGACAUAGAGAAGCUGCAGGAGGCACGACUGACCUUGCUGAUGCAGCUUCUGCGUCAGAGGGAGGAGAAGCAAGACCAGGUCAAGGUGGAGCGACUGGAAGUGAGCUUCACCCAAAAGCAGAAAGAGAAGGAGGCACGGCUGAAGAAGAUUCGCAAUGACUAUGUUGUUUCAAUGCGGAAGCUGCUGGCAAAGAGGAGGAAUGUGGAGGGAAAGCUGGAGAGACGAGAUAUUAUAAAGGAUUACUCAGAUUAUGGGUCUCAGACAUAUGCUCCUCUUUCUCGGUUUGGCCAGAUCCCAGACCGGAAUUCCAACCGCAAUAUGGUCAAGAGUCACUUUCUCAGCACGUACCAAGGUCUGUUACAGCUGGAGGCAGGUCUCCCUCCAUCUGUCAUGGAGCCUCGGAUCAAAGUGCCAAAACCUAAAGUGACUAAAGGCUUUGUGUCACGCUCAGCCCGCAGAGAACUAGAGCUCCUGAAGACUCAUCAGGCUCUGAAAGCCGAAAAAGUCUGUGUGGAGGAAAAGAAGCCUUUGCGAUUCCUCUUUAAAAAGGAGAAGCCUACUCCGCGGCCAACGACCCCUGUGGUGGAUGGCCCCCCUGAGGGGGAUGAGGAAAGGGAACUGGCCAUCAUCUUCCUGCAGAAAGUACUUAGAGGGAGAUCUAUCCAGAAUCAGAUGUUCGAGGGAAAGGAAAAACGGCUGGAACUCAUCCAAGAACUUCGCACCACACACACAUUGCAAAGAGAGGAACUGGAGAAGAAGGAGGAAGAAAAACAGGUCACACUAGCCUUACAGAGGAAUAGAGACAUCCACUCUGACAUGGUGUCUCAGAUUGAGUCCUCCAUUGCUGGUCUGUCUGGGACAGUGAUAGUGGACAUGCUGGACUUCCUGUCUAAAGAGUUGGUUCGGCUGCAAGAGGAAAGGCGAAUCCAUGCCUUCACCCUAUUGGCUGAGAGAGACCGGCGUAUUCGUGAGGCUGAGGAGAGUGGGAGGAGGCAGAUAGAGGAGAGGAGACGUAGAGAAGAGGAUGAAAUAUUCAAACAGGUGGUCAAGGUACAUCAGGACACAGUAGACAUGUACCUGGAAGAUGUCAUCCUGUGCUCUAUUAAUCAGACAGCUGAUGCCCAGGCCAGAGAAGAGAUUCACCGUAUGGCUGAGGAGCUGAACAACAUUGUCUAUGCCACGGAGCAGACGAGGAGCAGUCGGCAGUCUGAAGAGAUUGUGGCAGAACUCAUCUACAGAUUCCUCAUUCCUGAGGUUGAAAAGAUUGCUGUCAGAGAGAGAGUACGUCAGAGCCAGAAAAGACAUCUACAAGCAGCUCAUUCCAUCAUCAAUAGCAGUCCUGGAUCUUCUGCAUCUCCCCAGCUCCCAUCUCCCUCAGACAGAGCCUCAUCAGCUGUCCUCAAUGAAAUGCUCAGCCAAAUUGAAGAGGCUAUUCACACAACUAUGACCCCAAGAGACCCCCCAUCAUUAAACAAUUUGCCCACUACUCCAACGCCAGAAACUCAUAGUGGGGAUGACAAACACUCAUAGUAAGCCAAAGAGUAACAGUAAAAGAGGGACUUUCUGUAAAACUCUUGAUCUUUAAUUUCUUUAUCUCUACUACUUGUUUGUAUCUGUUGUCAUAGUUGGCUUGAUUUUUCCCCCUGCUCAGAGUAAAUAAACUGAGGAGCAAUGUGAGUUUCCACAGAAUCUAUUGGAACACUCAAAGUUUGUAGCUUACUAAUGAUGAACGAUAAUAAUUUAUAAUAAUAUCAGAUUUUCUUGUGUGAAAAGCACAAAGUCUGGUACACAGUGAUUGCAUAGCUUAUCCUCUUGACUAUUAAGUCCAUUUGAUCAAACACAUGUCUGAGUAAUGGGCUGUAUCUCCUGGAAUGAUAAAUGGAAUGAUAAGGAUGAUUUAGCAUUACCCUGUUACUUUGUGGCCUGCAUAGUCUAACAAAAUGAAGGCAAGUCAAUUUAUUUUAAAAGCUCAGACACAAACACACAGUUGUCCAAUGUGCUGUACAAUACUACAAAUAAAUUAA